UAUGUUUUUUACUGGUGCACAAAAUGAGCCGUGCGUGUCAUGGCGGAGGCUCUGUCGAACCCCUGAGACCGACUCACCGAACCCCUAGGGUUCGAUCGAACCCAGGUUAAGAACCACUGCUCUAUACUAAGGUCUGAAGCCUCUUUUGUCCUAUGAUAAGUGCUCUGAGUGUGUUAAAAAGUGAUAAAACCUGGUGUAUAAAUGAAGUCCAUUUAAACAUGGCAUUUUACCUUAAAAAGCAUACAUUUUGCAGAAACAAUAACUGUUUUCAACUUUAAAAUCUGAUGUUAAAACUGCUACUUCUCAUAUCUGAGUUUCAAUCAAUGAUUAGAAAAUGAUGCAAGAAAAGUUCUCGCCAAAUUUGCAAUAGCAGAAGAAGAGCAGUUCAAAAAUAUAUCGUAACGAUAAAAAUCAAGAUGAAGGCUGAAGGCAGAAAAUGCACCUCUGCAGACAUAAAUCACAGGAUCAAGCUUCAUAAUGCUGCAUGUUUAAUGACAUAAGCCUGCGCAAAACCCUUGAAAUGAUGAGCAGUAAACUCAAGAGUUAUAAAAAAAAGCAGGCCUUUGAUCAAGACUUCUUAGACAUCUUCAGACUAGAACUGCUUAAGAGACCCAUCAUUUUAAGACAGUCCUUAAUCACCAGAGAUGGCAAACGUGGACAAACUCAUCAUGCAGAUAUGAGACUUUGGGCCAUUCCAGAGGAAGAUUGCCACACUUGGUUCAUUUUCAUUGAUAGUUUUUGCUUUUGUACUUGUUGGAGUUGUUUUCUUAGGCCACACUCUGGAUCACUGGUGCUGGAGUCAUGGAUCUGAGGGCCUCUGGGAGGAAUGUGGAUGGAGUGAUGUCAAGGUGCGGGACGUGACCAUUCCCCACUCAGAACAGUCUGGAUCUUUCAGCCGUUGUGAGAGAUUUGCAGUGGACUGGAGCGAAAGCCAAAAGAAAUAUGAUGAACUUGACUGGCAGCGGAUUUCUAAUGCAACCCAGACGGUGGCGUGCGAAAGCAGAUGGGUGUUUGAUGAUAACCGCAGUACUAUUGUUUUAAAGGUGAAUGGUCAUUUUUUUCCUAUUUCUCCAAUGAUGUUACCCAGCUGUCAGAUCCUGGCUCAAGUUUCCCUGGCAUGUGGAUUUUUCAUUGGAACUCUUGUGACAGGUUACCCAGCUGUCAGGUUUAUUAUGCACCAAAAUGGAGGUUUAAGGAGCACUAUUCUUAGACUUAGCAGCUAUCUAUCCAUCUUUUACACUAGGUUGUUGGCUGCGAAAGAUCAAAUCUACCCUUUGAUGAUUAAUUUAGCAUAUUUUGUCACAUAUUGUCUCCUUUGUUGUGUUCGACUGAUCCGCUUUCAAUGUUCUGCUAAAACAUGUUAUUUUCUUUACGUAGUGAUUGAGUUCUUUGGGUCCAACAACAGGAAAUUUGUUGCCAUGGUGAUUUGAACUUCCUACUCUAUUGGCAUGGUGAUCCUGCCUGGCGGUCUGGCAUACUUCCUGUCCUCCUGGAAGACUCUGCAGCUGGCCAUGAGUCUUCUUUGCACCCUGUUUAUCUCAAACCAUUGGAUUGUUCCUGAAUCUCCACACUGGUUGUUUUCACAACAAAGAACUAUGGAGGCCAUGGAAGUUGCUGCAAACAUUGCUAAAUGCAAUGGGAAAUGUUUACCACAUGAUCUACCAGAGAAGAUAUCAUUCAUUAGGAGUUUACAAGCACGUAACAUUGUCUUCUUGGAUUUUUUUCUUGCUGUGGUGGAGCUUCCCAUUGGGCUCAUAUUUUAUCUGCUGGUCAACAAGGGCUUGAUGCUCCCUCAGAUACUCACUUUCACCAUGCCCAUUUUGGUUUUGAAAUUGAAGGUGACAAACCAAUGUGGCUCUAACUUCCUGUUGUCAGUUUUAAUUUCUCACAGAAAUUUGGGUGCGUCAGUGUGUUCAUCAGCUAGUGGCACUGGAGCCAUUGUAGCCCCAUUCUUGCUAUACAGACUGGCCAGUAUGUGGCCGGAGCUACCUCUGGUUCUUUACAGUUAA